AUGUGCUACGACCGCUACGUUGCCAUCUGCAAACCCCUGCACUACGGGACCCUCCUGGGCAGCAGAGCUUGUGCCCACAUGGCAACAGUUGCCUGGGCCACUGGCUUUCUCUAUUCUCUGCUGCACACAGCCAAUACAUUUUCCCUGCCCCUGUGCCAGGGCAAUGCCCUGGGCCAGUUCUUCUGUGAAAUCCCACACAUCCUCAAGCUCUCCUGCUCACACUCCAGCAUCAAUGAAGUUUGGCUUAUUGUGGUUAGUUGCUGUUUAUGGUUUGGUUGUUUUGUUUUCAUUGUUUUCUCCUAUGUGCAGAUCUUCAGGGCUGUGCUCAGGAUCCCCUCUCAGCAGGGACAGCACAAAGCCUUUUCCACCUGCCUCCCUCACCUGGCCAUGGUCUCCCUGUUGAUCAGCACUGGCGUGUUUUCAAACGUCAAGCCUCCCUCCAUCUCCUCCCCAUCCCUGGAUCUAGCACUAUCAGUUCUGUACUCAGUGGUGCCUCCAGCACUGAACCCCUUCAUCUACAGCCUGAGGAACCAGGAGCUCAAGGAUGCCCUGAGAAAAAUGAUAUCUGGAUGCUUUUCAGGAGCCUGUUUACUGGUGUGUAGCAUUCAGAAUGGGACUCCUUAAUGGCCCAGCCUUCCUGCCCAGGUUUUCCUUGGAGGUCAUCGGAUUGUUCUGGCAAUAAUUUUCUGUGCAAUUAAAUAUUAUUAUGCAUCUGCCUUCUAAUUUAGUGUCUACCCACUGAAUUUGACCCAGACAGGUAUAAAUGAUGAAUUGUGCUCUCUGAGUAUUUAAACAAAAUAAAGGACCCUGCAGUGCCUUCUUUGUCCAAGACCAUUCUUUUUAGAUGUUCCUAAAGGACAGCACACUGCAGGACAGGGUGUAUUUGCAAACGGGAAGGGGACAAUAAUCCCAGCCCAGCAGCACUGCCAGGGAGCAGCAGGGCUUGGUCUUUGCAGAGCUGCUCUCUUGCCACUUCCAUA